CCGCCCCUGCCAGGUCCAGCUUCCUCCUCCCCUUGCCCAGUCCUUAAAACUCAGAGAAGUGGGAUGGCGCGUUGGGACUCUGGAGUGACUGUGUGCAUACGGGCCACAUCUUUGCGACGCUAGCUGCUAGAGUCGCUCGGGGGCUGUGGGCUCGGAAUUGACUCCACGCAUCGACCUCUCAGUCCCAAUCCCAAUGCAGUGAGAAAACCCUGGGGCUCCAAGUUCAGCGGGGAUUGGCAAAGGAGGAACCUUUUUCUGACGACGCCAAGGGACCCCGGAGUGGGUGCUUAAAGCAUCUAAAGUGGGCAGCAGGUGUCUAGGGCGCCUCCGAGUUCCGAGAGACGUUCGGGCUGACUUCCUGUCCUCUGUAAAGGCCCCAACCCCUUCUCUGAGCCGGCUGUCCCGCGCCGCUGGAAACCUCGCCUUCCCGCAGGCUGACGGUAGACCAGAGGCUGGGCUAGGACUCUGGGACGCACACACCUUUCUCUGCAAACCCGAAUGUCAUACCUUCGCCCUUCUGUCCCUAGCAUGGCCACCAGCCUCAGUCCAGACGAUCCCCGGCCGGCUAGCCCGCUGUCCACACAGCAGACCACGCUCUUGCUAUUCCUCUCCGUGCUGGUCGCCGUGCACGUGGGCCAGUGGCUGUUGAAGCAGCGGCGGCGGCAGGCCGCGUCCGCGCCGCCAGGGCCCUUCCCGUGGCCGCUGAUCGGAAACGCCGCGGCUGUGGGCCCGGCGCCUCACCUUUCGUUCGCGCGCCUGGCCCAGCGCUACGGCGACGUCUUCCAGAUCCGACUUGGCAACUGCCCUGUGGUGGUACUGAACGGGGAGCGCGCCAUCCACCAGGCCCUGGUGCAGCAGGGAGCGGCCUUCGCCGACCGGCCGCCCUUCGCCUCCUUCCGCGUGGUGUCGGACGGCCGCAGCCUGGCCUUUGGCAGGUACUCGGAGAACUGGAAGGCGCGGCGGCGCGCGGCCAACAGCACGGUGCGCGCCUUCUCCACGCGCCAGCCGCGCAGCCGCCGCGUCCUCGAGGGCCACGUGCUGGGCGAGGCGCGCGAGCUGGUGGCGCUGCUGGUUCGCGGCAGCGCGGGCGGCACCUUCGUCGACCCGAGGCCGCUGACCGUGGUGGCCGUGGCCAACGUCAUGAGCGCCGUGUGCUUCGGCUGCCGCUACAGCCACGACGACGCCGAGUUCCGCGGGCUGCUCAGCCACAACGAGGAUUUCGGGCGCACAGUCGGUGCGGGCAGCUUGGUGGACGUGCUACCCUGGCUGCAGCGCUUCCCCAACCCAGUGCGCACCGCCUUCCGCCAAUUCCAGCAGCUCAACCGCGACUUCAGCAACUUCGUCCUCGAUAAGUUCGUGAGGCACCGGGAAAGCCUUCGGCCAGGGGCCGCGCCCCGCGAUAUGAUGGACGCUUUUAUCCUCUUGGCAGGAAAGGAGGAGACCAACGGCUCGGGCAACGGCGGCGUGCGGCUGGACCUGGAGUAUGUGCCGUCCACUGUCACCGACAUCUUCGGCGCCAGCCAGGACACGCUCUCCACCGCGCUGCAAUGGCUGCUGGUCCUCUUCACCAGGUAUCCUGAAGUCCAGGCUCGAGUACAGGCAGAACUGGAUCAAGUUGUGGGUAGAGAUCGUCUACCCUGUAUGGACGACCAGCCCAACCUGCCCUACAUCAUGGCCUUUCUUUAUGAAGCCAUGCGCUUCUCCAGCUUCGUGCCGGUCACCAUUCCUCACGCCACCACCACCGAUGCCUCUGUCCUGGGCUACCAUAUCCCCAAGGACACGGUGGUUUUUGUUAACCAGUGGUCAGUGAAUCAUGAUCCAGGGAAGUGGGCUAACCCUGAGGACUUCAAUCCAGCCAGAUUCUUGGACAAGGAUGGCUUCAUCAACAAGAACCUGGCCAGCAGCGUGAUGAUUUUUUCAGUGGGCAAACGGCGGUGCAUCGGGGAAGAACUCUCCAAGAUGCAGCUAUUUCUCUUCUUCUCCAUCUUGGCUCACCAAUGCAAUUUCAGGGCCAACCCUGACGAGCCCUGGAAAAUGGAUUUCACUUAUGGCCUGACCAUUAAACCCAAGUCAUUUAAAAUCAACGUCACUCUCAGGGAGUCUAUGGAGCUCCUUGAUCAUGCUGUCCAAAAGUUACAAGCCCAGGAAGAUUGCCAGUGAGAAGCCAGAGGCCAGCUAAAAUCUUAGAAGUUCGCAGGUCUGGGGGUAUGGGAGUAAAAUGCAAUUUGUCUUAGCUUCUCUGUGCUUUUAGCCUGUAACGCGUGCAUAAACCCGCAGACUGUAGAUGGGGUGUGCUCCACACCUGCCUGGGGUGAUUCUUCCUGAGCACUGGGCUGUGCAGGAGCUCCCGGAAGAUUUUUUGAGUCAAAGAAUUAAAGGACUCAAGGAAUGCUUCUAUAAGUAUAUAUAUAUCUGUGCUAUAUUUUUUUGAGAGAGAAUUCUUUAGAGUCACACACACACGCACAAACCCUAAUGAAGAGGUAUUUUAUUAACCAAACCUUCUUGAGUGGGAUCCAAGAUGUAUCUUCCGUGAACCGAAAUCUGCACCAUAGAAAACUGCAUUACGCAAGGUAUCAGAACAUAUUGUUGAAUAUGCAAAGGCAAGUCACUUCAGUGUAAGAUGUGUGACUGAGGGCGCGAUAAGGAAAAUGGUAAAGAUCAGAGAUUUCCUUUCUCACUUUUUCAAUAAAAUAGCUAUGAUAGGCUGUAGUAUUCAUGGAUGGAGUUAUCUUUUUGCCUACUGGUGGGCUUCUGUACUUUUUAGGACAAGUCAUAAAGUUGCUCAAAAAGAAAUUCAUGGCUGAUACAGAGACGAUAGUGGGUUUCAGGAAACCCUGGUGGCGUAGUGGUUAAGUGCUAUCGCUGCUAACCAAGAGGUCGGUAGUUCAAAUCCGCCAGAUGCUCCUCGGAAACUCUAUUGGGCAGUUCUACUCUGUCUCUGUAGGGUCGCUAUGAGUCAGAAUCAGCUCGACAGCAGUGGGUUUUUUGGUUUAGUGGGUUUCAGUCAUUUAUCGUGAAUUUUAAAGUGUAGGUUGUGAACUGUAAAAUUUCAAGCUGAAGCCAUCUCUCUCUUGGUUGCCAAAGUGAUAGUAUUCCAAAUAUGAGAAAAAUAAUUUGUCUGCCUAGCAAAGCUUUAAAUUAUGUGAUUGUAAUACACUGAUUUCAAUUAGUCUCAUAGGUAUAAAUAAAAAACAUUUCGCCAAAUAAUUUUCAAUAUGCAUAUAUAUUGCAUAAGUAUUCAUGAACAAUAUGUUAAUAUUAGGAAAAGGUUGAAUCAUGUAUGUCUUUCAUGUAAAUCAAAAAGUACAACAUAUUCAACAAAUUUGGGCUCAAAUAUGUUAAAUGAGCUUGAUUAAGUCAAAUAUGUAUAUAUAUAUAAUAAUCAUUAUGAUUUACUUUUUUUUACAUCACGGAAACCCAACUGAAGAAAAGUCUCUCUUCUCAACCAAAACUUGGAUGAGAACAGGUAAACCUCAAAGUGGGGUCUGUAAGAUGUGUUCCUUAUCAUUUCACAGUAUUGUUUUAGUAUAACCCCAAAACCCCAGUUUUAAUGUAGCAUCUAUUAUAAUAUAGCAUCAUAAUAUAGCAUCUCUUUUUGAAAUACCACAAAUUGAUCUAAUUCAUAUGUUAAAAUUCCAAACUCCUAGCAUGUUUAUAUUUUAACUGAAUUUUAAAGCCAUCUGAUUAUUGAGUGUUGAAGUUGGUGGAAAGCUGGUCAUUAGCUGUGGAAGGCCGAGAAAUUGGAUCUGUUUCUGCCUGAUCCUAGUGGAGACCCCAAGGAGCUGUCUGGGUGUUCUCUUUAUUAGGUAACAAGAAGGAAGAAAUGCUGUCAUAACUGACCUAGAAGCCAGAAUUUUUUUUUUUUUUUUAGAAGCCAAACAAAGAAAGGUCCAUUUUGUUUCUUUUCUCUUUUAAACUGAUUUUUAAAAAAUCAUAAUUAAUGUCUGUUUUUUGGGAAGUCGGAAGGUAGUCCGGGGAGGCUCUUUUGUUUGUGUUACAGCGUAGCUGCCAGAUCCAGUUGUGAUAUUUAGAACGGCCAACCUAGUGAGCAGUCACUUUGGUGGCUGUGAAAACAUAAAGUGUGAACGAAAUGUGUCUAUUCAGCUUAUGUAAAUAACCAAAAACUUUUUAAAAAAGUGAUGGAAGAAUGCAAAGUGAACUUUGAAGUUUUAGUAUUCAUUGCUUGUGAACUUCAAAAGAAAGGUCUACAAUGUCCUAAAAGCUUAUCGCUUGUUACGUUUUUAUUAAGUGUUUUAGAAUCUUUUAGUCAAAAUACAAAGGGUGUAUUGUAUGUGUGUGGGGGAGCGGGGAGGUGAAAAUAGAAAAGAGAGAAUGAAAAGGAGGGAAGAUAAUUAAACAUUUCCUCAUUCAUUGCAAGUUAAUUAAUUUGAAGCACAAAAUUUAAAGUAUAAACAUUAAGAAAAAGAUGUUUAGUGUGCCAGUGUUAAAUCACAAAUAGACUUAAAAAAAAAUUGUUCUUAAUGACAGCAUGGGUCCCUGGGUGGCACAGAUGGUUUACACUCAGCCAGUAAUCAAAACAUUGGCCCUUUGAACCCACCCAACAGCACGGAGGAAGAAAAGUCUUGGCGAUCUGUGUCCAUAAAGCUUACAGCCAAGAAAACCCUAUGGAGCAGUUCUACUCUGUAACACACAGGGUCACCGUGAGUUGGAAUCGACUCGAUGGUACAAAACAACAAUAACAUAGAAGAUCUAUUUUGUAAUUUGGAGUUUUUUAUUAAUAAGAAUCAUAUAAUUUUUUAUUAUUAAAACUUUUAUAGCUGUUUAUCUCUUGAAUAUGAAAAAGGAUGUCAGUAUUUUUAAAAGGUAUUUAGGUGAACUAUAGAAAUCACGCUAACCCAGUAUUUUUUCAUUUUUUGGUCAUUGGUUAUGCCAAAAUGUUAUAUAUAUUCCAACAGGAUGAGACAGUGAAUUGGGGCCGCCCUAGCCUAUUGACUCUGAUUUAGAGAUGUGUGGCCGCAACAGUAAUCACGUACCAAUCUGGAUAGUUCAUUAAGUCAGCCAGGCCCAGGUAUGUCAUAACCUGCUUCUAUGCACGUGGGCUUAGUCAUCACCUGGUGUUUGUGGUGACGGGAAAGCUUUUUUUGCUUAUGUAGAAGAAAGUAAAGGACUUGUUAGGAGGUUACCUGGUUUAUUUAAUCUGUGUAUAGCCUAAUUAAAGGAAGAAAACCAAAAAACAAACAAACAAACGAACAAACCUGAGUUUGGGGGCUAUAGUAAUCGAAUCACUGGCUUCAUCAGAACGCCUCAUUUUACUUCUGCCAGAGAUGGAACGUAGUUGCUCACCACCACGAAAGUCAGAACAUCUGCUCCAGGUUAUUGCCGUAGUUAAAGUGCAUUUGUUUAUGAAAUGCCUGAUGAAAGACAUUAAAGCUUUGACUUUGUAAGAAAAUUGCUUUUUUUCUAAAACAAAA